UGUCUAGUGCGAGUUUCAUAAAACCAAUCGAGUAACUUUACUAUCGCGUUAAUCGAGCUAACGUCAAACGCAUCGACUAUCGAAAACACACGAGUGCGAGAAACCAUCGAGUCUUACUACUCGAUCGCCGUUUGCUCACCGUGAGUUGCGUUUACUGUAUUUCUUAAGUUGGCAGCUUUGAAGCGUCUUCAAAUAAGCCUACCAAAUUUAGAAGAAUGCGUUACAUAUUACUCAUAUAGACGUUGCUAGAUCUCUCAAAACUAAACGGAUUAUCGCAUUCCGCCAUUGUUUGUUAUUGUUAUUGUUUGGGUCGUCGUGUCGCGUCGUUUUGAUUUGUUUGUUUUCAUUUUGAGUUUCGUGUUUUCUAAAACCAAAGACCUUUGUCUAAAACCAAUAAGAAUGAGAACUAGUUCAUCACAAUUCGAAUUAAUGGUGACGUUUAUGCAGGAGCAUGGAGAUUUAAGCAAACCCUCCACCAAUGCUAGAGGCAGGAUGACUACAAUUAGACGGUGGGAGGAAUUAACUACAUUUCUAAAUAGCGAUGGAAGUGGUGACACAAAAACCACUGAAAAGUGGAAAAAGGAGAUUAAUAUUGAAAGAAAUAUGCCAGACCCUGUUGAAGAAAUAAGGCUACCAUCGCCUUCUGGAAGUACCCAAGCUGAAGACAUUCAAAUAAUACAAAUCGCAGAGUGCACUGAUUCAUUGAACGAGCCUGGACCAUCUAGGCGAGAUAGCAGACCACAACCCCCAGUCCAAAUGCCACCUCCUACGUCUCCACCUCCUCACCACGUAGAGGCUGUUGUAAUAGUAGAAAAUGCAGAAAACCGGAUCUCACCAGUUCCACCACCACAUGCUGAUGCAACUCAGGCACAGCCUGCUCUCUCUGGGCAAACAACACCUCGCCGCAGUAUCAGGCCAAGAGUCUCUCGAACAAGACCAUCACCUAGGAGACUCGUAAGGCCAACACAAACAGAGCAGGCGGCUCAACAUUUCCUCCAUUCUGAUGAAGAAUGGAGGAAGUUCAAGAUACAGCAGCAUCGUGAUAAUGUGGAAAUGGCAAGAGACAAAAACCGGGUACGGGAAAUGGAGGUGGAAACGCAGAGGGCAUGGCUAGCUUUAGGUUCUAGAGUAUUAGAUUUAGUUGAUAAGGUAGUAAAUAAAUUUUGUAAAGAUUAAAUUAGAUUAGUAGCUUACCAUACCUCAUAGUUGUAUAAGUAUUUCAUCAUUAGUUUGUUAGUUAAAUAAAGAAUAAUACCAAUUGAACAUAAAUAAAAAGAUU